UGGAAGGCGGUCGUCUUAUUCAAUCUAGCUCAGCACCCGGGACUUAGACAGACGUGGUAUCGCAGUGACGGCCCCACGAUGACCGAAACCAGGCAACUGUACGCGUCGUUUGACUCGGCCAGGUACCACCGUGAGUACUACUCGGAGGUGGACCCCGAGGUGCAGUUCUUCCUCCAGCAGCUGCACCAGACAUUCGCUGAAGGGCUGACCGACUGCCCGGGUCGGGAAGUUCUGGACAUUGGCUGUGGUCCGACCAUCACUGCCGUACUCUCGGCCUCCCGGUGGGCCGACACCAUCACAAUGGCCGAUCUCGUGCCUGCCAACCGAGAGGCGGUUAUGGAGUGGCUGAAGAAGGGGGAAGAUCAGCUGGACUGGAGCCCCCACCUGAAGUACGUGGCUGCCCUGGAGGGAGGCGGGCUGACCCCGUCCCAGCUUGCCGACCGGGUCCGACACAAGGUCAACCGAGUCCUUCCAGCAGAUGUUCUGCAGGAGGAGCCGCUGGGAGCCGCCGUCCCGAACAGGUUUGAUGUGAUGCUAAGUAGCCUGUGUUUGGAGUUUGCCGCCACCGACUUGACGCAGUAUCAGCAGGCCCUGAGAAAUGUGACGACGCUUUUAAAGCCCGGAGGCUACCUCAUUAUGCAGGGCGCGCUAGGAAACUCAUUCUACCUGGUAGAGGAGGCGCGUUUUCCGUCAGUGUCGCUUACACACUCGAUGAUCAGCGAGUCGCUCCGUUCUACCGGCCUCUGCGAGGAACAGUGGCACCAGAUCCCGCGUCAGUGUCCUCUGGACAAGAUGGCGGACCACACUGGCUGCUUCUUUGUGGUCGCCCGGAAGAAAGAAUGAAUGGCAGUGACACGGCUGUCCUCUGUUUGAGGACGAGUGAUGAGCGCGGGUGGGGGAGGGAGGCAGCCGUUCUCCCGCUAUGUCAUCCGGACCUGAAGAUGUGUUAUGACACUUAAUUCAGUUUCUUCUCUGAUAAUCUGAUAAUCUUCUCUGAUAAAAUUCUCCCGUUACCCGGAAUUGCGCGAUCGGACGGUAGGGGUCGGGGUCUACGCAACAAGCUC